AUGGAAGAGGAAUGGAGUGAUGAUGGGGCGAUGUCUAAUCUUCUCAUUGUGGAAGAGCCGAGUGCCUGUCAUCUCCCAUGCUCUGUACGCUUCCGUGCCUUCUCCGACCCCACCUCCACCCCAAACGACGAGAAUAGUAACAAGAAUAAAAAUAGUAGCAACCAUAAUUACAACCAUAUUAUCAAUAAUAAUAAUAAUAAUAAUAAUAAUAAUAAUAAUAAUAAUAAUCACAUCAAUGUUAGUAGUACAACUGGUGGUAGUGCGGCGUUGCCGAAUAGUUAUUGUCUGCAGAAACGCCGCCGUUUGGAUGAUGCGUUGGGAUGUGAACACCCCGCCGUUGUCCGGCCGCUCUUGCGGGUAUUGCGGCACCCCAUUGAUAUUGCCCGCCGCCGACAGGAGACCCUCCGCUGGUUGGAGAAGCCGCGAUCUGCAGAAGACAUUCAAGCACGACUCGCACUCGACAGGCGACUGGGCGUGACGCCAAGUCUUGCCACUGUGCACGGCGCCCUCGCCCGACUGAAGGAAUUACACCGCACAGAAAUGAUUGCAGACAUGGCGGAGGAUCUCGUGAUGGAUUCCCCUGCGCUUUCUAUUUGGACACUUCUUAAAAUAGUGGAGGGACUGAAGGGACAUCCACAGCGGGCCGCCCGUGUGGUGUUUUCACUGGCCCCAUUAGUGACGAAUGGUACUGUUCCCACGAGUGUGUGGUCGUCUCUCUGCUGUGAAUUGGAUAAAGUCGCUCGUCAGAUGCCAGCGCCAUUGGAUCGUUCUUUGGUGGAGUUGUUUGGACAAGUAUUAUACCGUGUACGGGAUGAUGGUCCAAUGAGUGGAUCUCUUGUUGUUUAUUACGGACAGGCUUUGCUGAAGAGUCAGGCACCCAUUCGCAGUAUUGUGGGAUUUGUACAGACAGAACUUUUAAGUGGUCGUAAUACACCACCGAAUGAUACGGCAUCGGAAUUGAGACUUGGGGCUUUUCUUAGUGAGUUAAUUCAAGUAAUGUGUGCUCGCGCAGAUGAAGAGAGUAGUGGACGCGAGAAUGGUCCUCCAUUCACGGUGAGAGAACGACUAUUGUAUUGUGGAGAUUUUGUUAAACACGCCUAUGCCGCACAACUUCGGCUUACACAAGCCGCAUUUGAUGCCUUUUUACGGUUCUGUGAUGAGGAAGGAGAUUACCAUAGACUUUGUAUUGUCUUUCUCGCCAUGUGUGCGUUAUCUACACCCACUUUAAUAUCCGCCACACGAGUUGCAGAGAUGUUGUGUGAUGUGGAAGAAAUGUCGCAUUAUCUUUCAACGUUGUUGCGUCAAUCCUCCGCUAUGUUAAUGUUGUAUGUAAUCCAACGUCAUGGGGAGGCUAGUUUGUUCCCAAUCAACUUGAAUACAAAUGUUAAUCAUCAUCAUCAUCAUCACAAUCAAAAUCAUCAUCAUAAUAAUCAUAAUAAGAACAGUAUUAAAGAAAAAUUAGAAUUGCACUUUUGUGAAUGUGUUGCACGAUUAUCUGCAAGAGAUGGAGAUGCAUCUCUUUGCAUGAAUAUUUUCACAGCCAUUAUGGAUCAAGGUAGACAUUCAGGGGCUCACGCUUUUAUAUGUACAUUGUUAUCAGUACUGCAGGCUUCACCACGUCUUUCAGAUACCCGUAUUGCAUCUAGUUAUGCCGUCCUAUUUGAACCUUUUAACUUGGAAGCUUUAUAUUAUGCUUUACAUCCAUCGAAUGUAUUAUUAGAUGUUUUUUCUAAUAUGAUGCAGUCACGACCUUUAGCCUCACUUUUUCAUUUACGUGAUGAUGUUGUGAAUGAUAAAGUAAAUCGUCCUUCUGGUAGUGGUGUUGGAUCCACUGCGGUCACGGUGGAAAGUGUCUUGACCACACUCUUCGCAUCUCCGCAGGUGUACGGUACUGUUCUUGAUGAGAGUGCUGUUGGGGCUUUAGCGAAUAGUGCCCCGCUGGCCGCAGCCUUUGUGAAGAUGAUGAGUAAUUACGCAGCGAAAACAGGAGCCGUGGCGCUUGUUCCUUUUGAUGUUUGUACUUCUAAAGAACUCACACACACCGCACGGCAAUUACUUAUAGAAUGGUUAACACAAUAUAACUGGCUUGUGGUGUUGCCCCUUUCUCUCGCCAUUCAGUUGAUAGCAGGUAAUAAUGCUUCUCUCAGUUCUACAAAUCCACAUCAAGAAAAAGAAAAACAACAAAAUAAACAGAAGCAACGACAGCAAUUAUCAUGCAUACAAUUAUUUCAUGAAAUUCGACGUUUAGGUCAUAAAAAAGUUGCCUUAAUGACAGAUUCACAAAAUGUCGUUGAACUAGCGAAGGGAGAAGGCGUACACCCUGUCAUCACACUUACGGAGCUUAGAACACGUCUAGGUGUUUGUUAG